UGCUUCUGAUGAGAUAUAAUUUAAUUAUUCUGCAACAUCAACUAGCUGCCAAACUUUAUAUAUUUACAAGCUGUGUUCCUGCUUCCAUUUUCUGUAAAGGGAAGACUUUCGAAAGACAAAGUCAAUCAAAGCACUGAGAGUAGCAGUGAAGUGAAGCACGUGCUUUUUCAGUGUUGCCGUUAAUCCUCUAUAAAUGUCUCUGAUUCACACUACAACAUAAGAAUGAACGACCAGAAGUCUAAUCAAGGACCAUGAAAUAGAACUGUUGCAACUGUAUCUUCCAUUGACUAAUUCAUCCCCUGUUAUUACUAUUAUUAUUAUUAUUUUUCUUUCUCAAUUGUGAAGAAAGUUGUGUAAAGAAGUGAUUAUGAAGGAAGCUCUAGUUGCUUGGAUUUGAAUUUGCCUCCCACUUUUGCUCCAGUGGUGGCAUAGGAAAAAGGGUUUUAAGCUAUCGGAAGCAUUAUAAAUUCAGUACUCUGAUCCCCAGAUAAAUCGAUUACUGUUAUUAAUUUUUGGUUGAGUGCUCAGGAAAUCCGCCCAAUUAUCUCUUCGAUCAGAUAAAACAAAUGGAGCCUUUGGACUGAUCUCAAAGGUACCAAUCUCCACGCCUCUGACGUUUUUAAAUAGAUCAAUGCCAGGCAAUAGCUUCAAGCUUCAGUUAAACUAUUAAAAUAAGCUGUUACCCUUUUGAUUUCUGUAUCUGAUUUCAGAUUUGAGUUGUUGAAAAUCAAUGUUCUUUUUUAAGAUAGCUUUUCAGCUUUACAUGUCAUUGAGAUAGAUAUGAGGAAACCAAGUGUUAUGAAGUUGGGAACAUGGAGAGGAGUUCAGAGGUCAAUUUUUAUAUUGGGUAGUUUUGCUCUUCUCAUCUCAAUUGUGACCUUAUCAUCCAAAUUCUACUCUCUCAAAUCAUUUCAUGUUACUGAUACCUUCUGCAAUUAUGUAAAUACUGAUAGUCAAAGCAGGAUUGACAAUCAUGUAAAAGUCACUCUCGAAACUGUGAUUCAGAAACUCCAACAGGAACUUAACAUGUUCAGAGAUUCAACAACAGAUUCGUCGUCAUCUGCGCAUUUGUUAAAGCACAGUACGUUUCUUGCUGAUAUUUUGGGGCUGAUCGAGUCGGUGCACGAAUCUCUGGUGCAGAAUGACGAGACGACUCAGAAGUUAAGCAAUGAUGUCAAAGACAUCCAUCCUCUGCUAAAACCGAAGCAGCACUCUGAUGAGCCUGCGGAGUAUUUUCUAAUAGAAGAGAUUCGGAAGUAUGUCAAGAUCAAGCCGAACAGAUUGGGAAAGCAGAAUUUCAUGGGAGCUAAUGGGACUUUCACUAGCAUUGGCCAUGCUUGCUUUGCUAUGAAGACAGAACUUGAAGAAUACAUGAACUACGACAUUGGCGAUAUCUGCAAUGACGAUUGGAAGCUAGCUCAGAAGCUCAUGGUUCAUGGAUGCGAUCCACUUCCGAGGAGGAGGUGCUUCGCUCUAGCCCCGAAGAUAUAUAGCAAGCCAUUCCCAAUCCAUGAGUCCAUGUGGAAGCUCCCAGACAAUAGAAAUGUCCGGUGGAGUCAGUAUCGGUGCAAGAACUUUACUUGCCUUGCAAGUAAUUCCGCUCCCAAGGGUUUCUUCAAAUGUGCAGAUUGCUUCAAUCUGUCACACCACGAAAUGCCUAGAUGGAUGCAACAAGUAAGUCUAGACUCAAAAUUGAAUCUGACUGCAGAUUUUCUUAUCCCUGAAGUGCUACAAAUCAAGCUGGGAGAGAUCAGAAUCGGACUGGAUUUUAGUGUAGGGACUGGGACUUUUGCAGCUAGGAUGAGGGAGUUCAAUGUCACCAUUGUCUCGGCAACUAUCAAUCUUGGGGCACCUUUUAAUGAAAUGAUAGCUCUUCGUGGACUCGUCCCUCUUUACUUGACAAUCAAUCAACGGCUGCCAUUCUUCGACAACACUCUGGAUUUGAUUCACACCACAAGAUUUCUGGAUGGCUGGAUUGAUUUUGUGCUGCUAGACUUUGUCUUGUAUGAUUGGGAUAGAGUUCUGAGGCCUGGGGGUUUGCUGUGGAUUGAUAGCUUCUUCUGUGUGAAGGAAGAUUUGAAUGCUUAUUUGGAGUCCCUUAAGAUGCUGAGGUACAAGAAGCACAAAUGGGUUGUUGUUCCAAAGAUUGAUAAAGAUGAUGAUAGAGAGGUUUUCUUUUCUGCUGUUCUAGAAAAGCCGCCCAGACCAUUCCGGUAAACACAUAUUGGUCAGCUUAUGCCACCAUGUUUUCUACAAUAUAGCUUAUAGUUUCGAAUAUUAUGUCAUUUCAGUCAGAAUUUACAAGGGAAAUUUUUUUUCCCCUCCUUGUGAAUGCAAUAAGGAUUAUAUAGGGACAGAGAACCCCCAUUCCCACCAGAAAGUAGAGGAGUUGGCCCCAAGCCAAUUUGGAUUGUUGGAGGGACUUGUUUGUUAGUUUCAGGGUGUCCCCCCUGCAUAUUUGGUCCACUAAUAAUUUUAAGGUGAAGAAAAAGACACUGAAAUUGGGG